AUGUCCUUUGAACCAGAACUCGAACCAUCCCCAGCCCCCCUAAUCCCGACCUGGAAAGAUAACCUCAAAGACCUGACGGCGGGGGCGGCGGGGGGCGUAGCUCAGGUUUUUAUCGGACAACCAUUCGAUCUGGUCAAGGUGCGACUGCAAACACAGAGAGGGGGAAAUGCGAUAUCUACCACGAGACAUAUCUGGAGGACGGAGGGGGCGUUGGCUUUUUAUAAAGGCUCACUAGUUCCCAUUCUCGGCAUCGGUGCCUGCGUCAGCGUCAACUUUGGCGCCUUCCACUACUUCCGGCAGACACUCGAAGCCCAUCAGAACAAAACAACACUCUCGACUCCCCAAUUCUACCUCGCUGGCGGAAUGGCCGGAAUAGUAACCAGCCUCAUCUCCACGCCCGUCGAACACAUCCGUAUCCGCCUGCAAACACAACCCCACGGGCAUGCAAAAGUCUACACCGGUCCAUUGGACUGCGUUAGACAACUCAUGCGCCAAAACGGGAUAAAAGGCAUCUACCGUGGGCAGUGCAUCACCCUCCUCCGCGAAAUCCACGGCUACGGCGUGUGGUUCGCUACCUAUGAAGCGUUACUCGGGUACACGAUGGAAAAGCAGAAUAAGAAACGCGAAGAACUACCUAACUGGCAGAUUGCCGUUUGCGGGGGGAUAGCUGGUGAAGCACUUUGGCUGCUGAGUCACCCGAUUGAUGUGAUUAAAAGCAAGAUGCAGUUUUAUGGGAGUGAGGCGCAGUAUAGCAGUGCAAGGGAUGCGAUGAGGCAGACGUGGAGUGCGGGGGUCAAGGGGCUUUUUGAUGGGAUUGGGCCGGCGCUGUUGAGGGCGAUGCCGGUUUCGGCGGGGACGUUUGCUACGGUUGAGGUGGUGAGGAAGUGGUUGGCUUAG